AUGCCGGAAGCUAAAGUCCAAGUCAAACCAUCGGAUCAUUACAAUGACUGGCCCAACACGCAAGGGUUUAUAGCGGAUGUCGAACAGCGGCAACCCGUGGAAUUACGUAUGGCUGGAAGCAUUCCAACUUACGCCUCAGGGAAUCUCUACCGCACAGGACCCGGAAGGAACUCGGUGCCAACAAAGUCAGGCCAAAUAUUCCAGUUAUCGCACUGGAUCGAUGGCUUCAGUCAAACCCACCGUUUUCAGAUCGUUGCCGAUCAAAACUGUGCUGGAAGUCGAGUCUUCUAUAGCUCGCGUUUUGCAGACCAGGGUCGGUAUGACUAUAUCAAGGAAAAUGGGCAACAUCCGCCAUAUCCAACAUUUGGCGGAAGCCCGGAUCCAUGCGAAGCUAUUUUCAAGGACGCACAGAGCGAGUGGGAUCCUGCAGAUCCCACAGUACAUAAUAUCAACGUAACUCUGUCUUACAACAUGCCGGGCUCUGCAAAGCUUUUCCCUCAGAUCAUGGGGCGAAACCCCGAUUCCCAAAAGAAAGACUUACUCAUCGCUAAAACGGACGCACCGGUGUACAAAGCACUCGACUUCGACACGAUGGAGCCGCUUGCAGUCGCAACACAGGAUAUGUUGCACCCGGACCUGACAGGUGAGCUGGCAGCAUCACACGCUCGAUCGGAUCCCCAGACGGGGGACGUAUUCAAUUAUCAAUGCACGUCCGACAGUGAAUCUUCAAUCUACCGAGUCUUUACCAUUUCAGCAUCGACACAAGAGACCACGAUCCUUGCGAAGUUUGAAGACCGCCCAGCUUACCUCCACUCUCUAUUCCUUACGAAAGAUUAUGUCGUGCUUUGUGUGUGGAAUUCCUACCUCAAAAUCAAGUCGACGUCCCCAACAGCGCCCAUCAUUGACAAAAUCCAACCUUUCGAUCCUACCGUCCCAUCGCAUUGGUAUGUAGUUGAUCGGACAGGUACUCAAGGCCUCGUUGCGAAAUAUGAUGGCCCGGCAUUUUUCUGCUUCCAUACCAUCAAUGCCUGGCAGGAGCUUUCGCCCACAGACGGGCGAGACACGGAUAUUGUCACCGACCUAAUUAUGUAUGAUAAUCUGGACUCUAUGUACUGGCCCUUCUAUAAGAACAUUCUGUCGGAUUCCAAGGAGGCCCGUGUGUUUGUUGACACAAAGCCCGAUUCCAUGCGGGGUUCUCUCACAAGGUUUCGCCUGCCAAGCGUUGGCAAAGUUUCGCCGGGCGAGUCACUGCAAGUCACCAUGGAAUGGAAAACAGGCAAGAACCUCAGUCCCGAACUGCCGACCUACAACGGAACGUGGGGGACACGGCAGACCCGCUACACGUACACACUCACAAAUCAGAGCAAGUCGACAAUGUUCGAUGGCAUUGCCAAGUUUGACAAUGGUAGUCUGGCAUCACUAUGGGAGGCUCAUGGUCAGACACCCAGUGAAGCUAUCUUUGUACCUAAUCCGAAAGGAACAGCAGAGGAUGAUGGUGUCUUGUUGAGUGUUGUGCUUGACGGCUACGUAGGGAAAAGCUACUUACUAUGCUUGGACGCAAAGACGAUGUUGGAGCUGGGCAGGGCAUGCGCGGAGCUUCCAGUGGCCUUCAGCUUCCACGGCCAACAUAUCUCGACCAAGGGGGCUACGACCGGCGAUUUCUGA